CAAGAAAAAAUCACCUGCCAGCUUUACUCUUCUCAUUCUUCUCUGAAGUCCAAACUCUAUUGAUUUGUGGAAUUACCCUGUUCAUACCUCAUUAACCAUACCCUCCUCAAUUUCUCAAUUUUCUUCAUACACACAUAUAUAAUUUUUCUUUUUCUUUUUUAUUUUUAUUUUUUAUAAAAAAGUUCCCUUUUUUUUUUUUCUUCUUUUUUUGUCUUGUUGCUGAUACCCAUUGGCAUUUUAUUUUCUGGGGUCAAUGCGGUCAAGUUCUCUCAAAAUUAGGGUUUCAAUCGGUGCUCUUCGGUGAUUCAUUUGGGCAAUUUCCGUCAAAAUAAUGUAGUUGGGGUAGAUUUUCUUGUAUAAUUAUUCUCAAUUAUAAUAAAAUUUUCAUCUUUAUUGUUUGGGGCGUUACAAUUUGUGUAAAUUUUGCUCCUUUUUGUUUUGCCCUUUUUCGAAUUCCCCCUUAUUAGUGUUUCACGAUCAUUGGACGUAUAGGGUGGGAAAUCUCAUUGGGGGUUGUGGAUUAUCGAAUAAAGCUUGAAUUUUGAACCCCUUUAUACAUAACUAGAGCUGAAUUGGUAACAAAUCUGAGAAGAAAAGGGGUGUUUUAGUUAGUUGAUAUAGGUUAAUUUGAAGGGUCAAUUCAAGAUGGAUCAUGUGAUUGCUGGGAAGUUUAAAUUGGGGAGGAAAAUUGGAAGUGGGUCUUUUGGGGAGCUUUAUAUAGCUGUUAAUGUACAAACUGGGGAGGAGGUUGCUGUUAAGCUGGAACCUGUGAAGACCAAGCAUCCACAACUUCACUAUGAAUCAAAAUUGUAUAUGCUUCUUCAAGGAGGAACGGGGGUUCCUCACCUGAAGUGGUUUGGAGUUGAGGGAGAAUACAAUGUGAUGGCAAUUGAUCUUCUUGGGCCCAGUCUGGAAGAUCUGUUCAAUUAUUGCAACCGGAAGUUAACAUUGAAGACGGUUUUGAUGCUUGCUGAUCAGUUAAUUAACAGAGUUGAAUACAUGCAUUCAAGAGGUUUCCUUCAUCGGGACAUAAAGCCAGACAAUUUUUUAAUGGGCCUAGGGCGUAAAGCAAACCAGGUCUACAUCAUUGACUAUGGCCUCGCCAAAAAAUUCAGAGAUCUUCAGACUCAUAGGCACAUACCAUACAGGGAAAACAAGAACCUUACAGGCACGGCUCGGUACGCGAGUGUCAACACUCAUCUUGGAAUUGAACAAAGCAGAAGGGAUGAUCUGGAAUCUCUUGGUUAUGUUCUCAUGUACUUCUUAAGAGGAAGUCUUCCUUGGCAGGGACUGAAAGCGGGCACCAAAAAACAAAAAUAUGAUAAAAUCAGUGAGAAGAAGAUGACAACUUCCAUAGAGGUGCUCUGCAAAUCAUAUCCGUCCGAAUUUACAUCAUACUUUCACUACUGCCGAUCAUUGCGGUUCGAAGACAAGCCUGACUAUUCAUAUCUGAAGAGGCUUUUUCGAGAUCUAUUUAUCCGAGAAGGCUAUCAAUUUGACUAUGUUUUUGACUGGACUAUACUGAAGUAUCCGCAAAUUAGUGGCAGUAGCUCUAGAGGGCGGCAUGACAGUGGCAAGGCGGCUAUGAAUGCAGGGCCAUCUGUUCAGAGGCCAGAAAAGUUAUCAGUUGGGAAAGAGCUUCGAGAGAGAUUCACUGGUGCUGUUGAAGCAUUCUCGCGGAGGAACCCAACAAGUUCUAGUCCUCGUGGUGAGCACUCCAAACAUAGGAGUUUUGAGGAUGUAGCAACCAUGCACAAGGAUGCGUAUCAUGAUCAAGACAAGGGACGCAAUUCGGGUCGACAUGGUAGCAGUUCAAGAAGACCAAUAAUCUCAUCAUCAACCAAGCCAAGUUCCUCAGGUGACCAUACCGACAGUCGCACUGGCCGGCUGACCUCAUCUGGUAGCCGUCCGUCGACCGCACAUAGAACUCAACCAAUGCAUGAGACCAAACAGCCAACUUAUACGCGCUCCGGAUCUACUAGAGGCAAUCGUGAGGAUACUCUGCGGAGUUUUGAACUCCUCUCUAUCAGGAAGUAACAAACAAAUCCAGUUCCCUUAUGUCGGAAGACAUCUUAAAAAUUCUAACGUGCUUGUUGCUGUUGUUUAUUCAUGAACGGUAUCAAAUAUGAUGGAGUCAUGUUCAUGUAUAUUACCGAAUUAACAUGAGGUCAUAUAAUCAAUUUCACUUCCCGAUAUCAUUUUCUGGACUAAGGUGGACUUAAUUUCUCCCCCCUUACUAAGAUUUGCUCUUCUCUUAUUUAAACUUUACUAGAUUAAUGUGUUUUGUUUCCCCUUAAGAAAAAAAAGUAGAUGAAACUAAAGAGUUGUAGUUUAUGAUGCAAUUGUUAUUGUUGUUGUUUCUUGUAUGAGAAUGGAACUUAUUGACAAGCUAGAGUUUGGUCUUGGACUCUACAUGAGCAGCUCUAGAUCUUCUCUUGUUCCUUUUUUA